UUGUUUGGACUGGAGCAGGGAGGCGGCGGGCGAAGCGCACGUCGAGCGGGGGAGCGGCGCUGCCUGUGGAGAUCCGCGGAGGCCGACAGGUUUCGUUGGCUGCCGUCCCCGCUGCCGUUCACUGGGUUAAAAACGACAACUAACGCCAACCAUGAAAGAUCCAAGUCGCAGCAGUACCAGCCCAAGCAUCAUCAAUGAAGAUGUAAUUAUUAACGGUCAUUCUCACGAAGAUGACAAUCCAUUUGCAGAAUACAUGUGGAUGGAGAAUGAAGAGGAAUUCAACAGACAAAUAGAAGAGGAGUUAUGGGAAGAAGAAUUUAUUGAACGCUGUUUCCAAGAAAUGCUGGAAGAGGAAGAAGAACACGAGUGGUUUAUUCCAGCUCGAGAUCUCCCACAGACUAUGGACCAAAUCCAAGACCAAUUUAAUGACCUUGUUAUCAGUGAUGGCUCUUCUCUGGAAGAUCUUGUGGUCAAGAGCAAUCUGAAUCCAAAUGCAAAGGAGUUUGUUCCUGGGGUGAAGUACUAAAAUAUCUGAGUAGACGGGGCCCUCUUUUGGUGGAUGUAGCACAAUUUCCACACUGUGAAGGCAGUAUUAGAAGACUUACUUGUAAAAGCUCUCUCUUGUCACUGUGUUACACUUAUGCAUUGCCAAAGUUUUUGUUAGUCUUGCAUGCUUAAUAAAAAGUGCUGAGACUGUUAUAAAGUAAAAAGCUCUCAAACAUUGACUGCAAAUAGAAUCAAGCCCCAAGGCUUGAUGUGAAGACAGCGAGGAAAGAAGCACCAGGCAAGUUGUGACAGAGCGCCCAGUGAAUCGAUCUCUAAAUCUUAGAAAUGACUGGACAGUUUUGGGGCUAAACUGGUCCUGUAUGGCUAACUAAAACUUGUUAAUGCCUAAACAUUAAAAAAAAAAAAAACGAAUAAAUGUAAAUUAAGUUCUAAUUGUUCAGUAGAUUUCUCAGUUAAGAGUUAAAUUUGCAUUUGUCCUUAUCAAAAAAUUUUUUUUCUUCCAAAGUGUUAAGUUCAAAUAAUUCAUUAUAGACAAAUGUGUCUUUGGUUACCAGGGUUACAAGGUAACAGUUGAUCGGUUGAGAACCAAUCCUGGAUUUUCUGGUAUAUUAUCAUGUUAGAAAUACUGAAUUCUCCUAAUGUAAUGUCGGAGGGAGUAUGCAACUCGAGAAUUACAUCAUAGCUAUACCCUAGUGAAGUCUAACAAAGACCAGCAGCAGCCGUAAUCCAACUGAACAGACACUCUAACAUGAUUUGAGUGGUGCUUUUCCUUGCUUUGUUAACCAUCCCUAUAGUCUGCAGCACAACUUUUCUUUUAACAAAGCUAGAACAAUUUUGGCUUCUUAAACUUCAUAUUUGGGUAGGUUAAGCUGCCAUACGUGUUCAGUGUGAAUAGUGUUUAAGUUGAAAAUAUUGUAAAAAAAUUAUAUUUUUUCAAAAAUAUUUAAAAAAAUAAAUAAUAGUAGAACUGA